AUGGGACGGAGGGGCCGCAUAAUCGUGUACAAUCAACCUCGUCUUUCCGAGCAACUUCAGCUGCUCAAUCAUUUCGGCUACUCAGACCUCCAAGUGCAUAUGCCUUCCAAGGGUGUCUCCCAGGAGAGUGACGACAACGUUCACGCCAACACCCCCAUUCGCCUUCUCGAGACCAUCGCGGUCGCGCUGACAACCGGCAAACCCGGAGAGGUGCUUGCCACUGCAUUUGACAGACGUGAGGGUCUAGCCCUUGUAUUGGCAAAGAACGACGUUGUCACUGUCGAAGAUCAUCAAGCCGUUCGUGACUUGUUCAGUGUGCUCACUGCUACGACAACUAAGGACGCACGCAAUGUUUUUCCUUUCCUUUUUGCUCGUUGUCGGAUGAAGAUCGAGAAACGGGUCAGGAAGAUGUGCGAAGUUGUGGCCGCAUUUUUGCAUGACCUCGAACAAGUCCUAAAGGACUAUGAACCCUCGCCCUCCGUCGAGGACGAGUUCCCUGACUCUUCGCAGUAUCGCGAAGACAAGUGUUCUGGCGAUGAACCUUCGUUUCCGCAGUUGAUGCAUGACCUUUUGAUGGAUCUCGUGACGAGGGCUCGAGGCUUUGACUCCUGGGAUGCCAAUCUCUCAGCGCAACUCUACAUGGAUCUUGCACAGAUUGCCCGUGUUUUGUACAGAUCCCGUCUUCUGCGUUCGCUCCGCGGAGCCACCAAUCUCUCCCGGAAACCGCGGGGAGAGAAGCUGCAACGCCGUCUCGCUAAGGUGUGCCAGUACUAUCAUGGCAUUAACAGCCUCAUCGCACAUGCAAAGGGCGAUGUCCUGCGUGGCCUUGUGUAUCGUUGGGUCGACGCGAGCCCUGCCUCUGCGGAGACAAGAGUUCACCUCUGCGAGGACUACUUGGAGGCCGUCUCUCGUGCAUUCCGCAAAGACCUCCCAGAGGAAACUGUAGCCAUGCUGCGUGAGAGGUUUCCAGACAUGGAGGAAAACUGGCAUAGCAGCCACGUUGUUCAGACCCGCAUUCAUCCCGAAACUCGCAUUUUGUAUGAUCUCACCGAGCCUCCCAGAUCUCGGGAUUUUCGUCAGCCACAACCUAUCGGAUGUAGCAAACGGAGUUGCUUGUGCUGCACCCUGUGGAUCGAAGCAUACAAUAUGACAUACGGCACGCAGUGGCUGUUGAGCAGUUCACAUGGCAGACCAUGCCCCACUUGGGCUUUUCCUGUUCGCGCGUUAUCUGUUGUUAAUUCGACAAAUGGGAGGAAGAUCGUCGACGAAACUGUCCAGACAAAGAUCAAGGAGUGCCUGGAUCACACUGUGGAUCUGCUGUUUCCGCGCCAGAGGUCUCUGUGCCUCUGUGGCGGAGAGUCAUCGAGCGACUCGGAAAUCGAGGAAUGGAGUCAAUUUUGGGCACUGGGUGCCAAGCGUGGCCAGCGAAGAGGACGCCCUUCGGAGCAGGAGGAAUGCCAAGAGGUUGAAGUUACCAAAGAGUUUGCGUUCGUGUUCACCCUGGAAGAUCUUGACCUCGAUGGCGGUCUGGUCGUCGGCAGCGGUAGAGAAAAACUAGGACUUCUUCGUCGGGAUAGUCGUAUUGCGAUUGAUGAGCUUGGCCAUGAUACGACCGAGAGUCUCGAUACCGAAGGAGAGAGGAGUAACAUGGAGAAGAAGGAUGUUGGUGACAUUUCCGGCGAGAACAUCACCCUGGAUAGCAGCACCAAUUGAAAUGGCUUCAUCCGGGUUAACACCUUCAAUUGCUUGGGUCGCGACCGAAGAUCGACUUCACGGUCUCGCCAACCUUGUCAAAUUCUCGCCUCACGCAGCCUAGCACUGGUUUUUCAAGACCGAAUCCCACGACCAGUCAUGUGAGCCUGGGCCCCG